UUUCUCCUCCCGCGCAGCUCCGGAGAUGGCCGCGGAGAGCAGCGGGGCGAUCCCGGCCUGUUUGGAGGGGAAGGGCCCCGGCGAGAGGGCGGCCAUCCUGCACCAGCACCUGGGCCGCAGGGAGAUGACCGACAUCAUCAUCGAGACCAUCCGGCCGCGGGCAGAUGAAGCAAAAGCUGCCAUGGAAGCAAGAAAAUCUUCAGAGGCUGCGUCGUCUGAGGACAAAAAUAAACAGGAUGAUCAAAACAAAGAGCGUGAGGCUGCUCCAGACUCGCCUUCAAAACAGCUCCCUGACCAGAUUUCCUUCUUCAGCGGGAAUCCGUCAGUUGAAAUCGUUCAUGGCAUUAUGCAUCUGUACAAAACAAACAAGAUGACCUCUCUAAAAGAAGACGUGAGGCGCAGUGCCAUGCUGUGUAUCCUCACAGUCCCUGCCACGAUGACCAGUCACGACCUGAUGAAGUUUGUGGCUUCUUUCUAUGAAGUAAUUGAGCACAUGAAAAUCAUCCGAGACUCCACUCCCAACCAGUACAUGGUGCUGAUAAAGUUUAGCUCCCAGGCUGAUGCAGAUAGCUUUUACAUGGCAUGCAAUGGUCGGCAGUUCAACUCCAUAGAGGAGGAUGUUUGCCAGCUCGUGUACGUGGAAAGGGCUGAAGUCUUCAAGUCGGAAGAUGGGGCCAGCCUGCCUGUGAUGGAUCUGACAGAGCUCCCAAAGUGCACGGUGUGCCUCGAGAGGAUGGAUGAGUCUGUGAACGGGAUUCUUACCACUCUGUGUAACCACAGCUUUCAUAGUCAGUGUCUGCAGCGGUGGGAGGACACCACGUGUCCUGUCUGCAGAUACUGCCAAACGCCAGAGCCAGUGGAAGAGAACAAAUGUUUUGAGUGUGGAGUUCAAGAAAACCUCUGGAUCUGUUUGAUAUGUGGGCACAUAGGCUGUGGCCGAUAUGUGAGUCGCCAUGCCUACAAGCACUUUGAGGAGACCCAGCACACCUAUGCAAUGCAGUUGACCAACCACAGAGUCUGGGAUUAUGCUGGAGAUAACUACGUCCACCGACUGGUUGCAAGUAAAACUGAUGGGAAGAUAGUUCAGUAUGAGUGCGAGGGAGAUAUGUGUCAGGAAGAGAAAAUUGAUGCCUUACAAUUAGAGUACUCAUAUUUGCUAACAAGCCAGCUGGAAUCACAGAGAAUCUAUUGGGAAAACAAGAUUGUCCGAAUAGAAAAGGAUACAGCUGAAGAGAUUAACAACAUGAAGACCAAAUUUAAAGAAACCAUUGAGAAGUGUGACAGUCUGGAACAGAGGCUGAAUGACUUGCUCAAAGAAAAGCAGUCUGUCGAAAGGAAGUGUUCUCAGCUGAAUAACAAAGUGGCUAAGCUUUCCAAUGAGCUGAAGGAAGAGCAAGAACUGAAUAAGUGUUUGCGAGCAAAUCAAGCCUUGCUUCAGAACAAGCUAAAGGAAGAGGAGAGAGUGUUAAAGGAAACCUGUGAGCAGAAGGACCUGCAAAUCUCAGAGAUCCAGGAGCAGUUGCGAGAUGUCAUGUUCUACCUAGAGACACAACAGAAAAUCAAUCACCUCCCAGCUGAGACCCGGCAAGAGAUUCAGGAAGGACAGAUCAACAUUGCGGUGGCUUCUUCUGCCAGCUCCUCCACGGGGGGCACGGGCAAGCCUUCUUCCAGGAGAGGCCGUGGCAAGAGGGGUAAAUGAAGAUCGGAAUGCUGCUCCCAUGCUGAAUCUGGCCAUGCUCGUGGCAGGCCAGGCCCAGCCCUCAGACUCCAGCUGGGAAUGCCUAGUUCAGUAAAGCUCAGCUAGAAAUUGUCUUCAGAGCUUCUCAUAAAACUGGCUGCCAGUCACUGGAGGUGUCUGUGGUAUUUAAAAGCAUUUCACUGCACUGUUUAGCUAUUUUUAGGCAGACCUUAAUGACCGUUUUGCCUUUCUACCUUUUUAAAGCCACUCUUGUCAUACAUUUGACUUCCUUCUUGGCGAGUUUUCUGGGGUCGGCGGGUGUACACAUGUUGAACAUUGCAUUUCCUAAGGGGAUACUGUGGAAUAGGCUAUGCACAGUGUAUGAGACUUCUUGAGUUCUUUUCCCAUUUCUGGAUUGAAAGUAUUCUCAAUUAAUAAUUUUAUUUAAGAAACAGUAUAAGUUAAAUUACAUCUUUUUGUGUGUGCAGUCCACACAACAGUGUGUGACAGUGCAGGAGUAGAACUGUGUGGGAAGUGUGGAGAAUAAACCAUCUUGGUGGUGUUAGACGCUAGAUGAGUCCUCCAGGCUUGUAAUCUAGGACAUUAAAUACUUGAAGGGACUUUAUCACCACCCGUUCCUUUGUUUUAGAGAGAGCCUUUGGAAGGACAGUGCUUACUGCCUUUGAGAAAGCGUAAGAUAGCCCUUUAUUCUGGGAAAUGUUUAACUCCAUAAGCAUUUCUACAAAUUAAAUGCAGCCAUCUUUGUGAAGAUGGAUCCUCAUUGUGUGUUAAUGGCUGCCAGAGUGCUAUGAUCCUCCUGGACCAGGUGUGUGUGCAUUCCCUCUUAGCUUCAGUAGGAUUACAUUGGCACUGGUUGUAGUGCUGUCCUCGGAGUGAGGUGAGAAUGAUCAGCGCAGUGUUAUUGAAACCUCACUUCCUACGUGCCUGCAGCCAGCAUUACUGCUGCCCACCUGUCCUGCGAGCAGACCCUCACUGCUAGAUGCAGCUAUUGUAUCCAGUUACUGUGAUCACUCAGCGCCACAUCUUCUGCUCUGGAGUGUUGCUCUGCCCAAAACUUUAGCUGGCAAAACUUUUGUGUUAUUUGCACAAAAAGUAAGCCAACCCCCUAAGGGAAAUCUGUGGAAAAACCUGUUAUUUUUUUCUUUUUUAAAUUCCACUUAGAAUAUAUACCAGACUGGACACUGGGGUGGGGACAGUUUUACCAUGAUUGGAGAUGUGAUUGUCCUGGUUGCUGUGUUGUGCUCAGCAGUCUGAGUGUUUCAGCACUAAUCCUUUUUAAAAGCAGCUGAGGGAGUCAUGCCGUUGUCCUUUCAGACCAUAGUAUGAUCUCUUUCUGUUGUUAGAACUGCAGCAGCCUUGAUCUUAGUCUGUAACAUUGAAAAUCAAGAUCUGAAUUACUAGCUCUAAACUGGAACAAAGAAGAAAGACACCUAGUCCUAGAAGUUGUUCUUCUUGGCCAGGCAGAAAGAACGAGUUACAAUAAAUAGAACAACUCUCAGAAGGUGAUUCUUUAUAAUCUGCUUCCUGUCUUUAUUGACUGGAAGUGUUAAGCUUCCUCACUUUGAAAUACACAGCGCUUGUUAGUGCUCUCAUUGCAUCCACUGCUUUGGUUUGAAGAUCUGCCCCAACCAUCUGGAACUUUGACCUUUUCUAACUUUGUAGCAUGAAUGUACACUAACUCUUUUCUAGUGUGUGGAUUGUACAACCAGGCCUCUGCCUUCUGUAAAUUAUUCUAAGGACUUAGAUAUGUACAAUGCAGCUUGCUCUCCUACAGAAACUAUUUUAUUUAAGAUAUAUUUUUACACCACCUCAAGAUCCUCCAACCUUUUGCUGAAAGCUUGCCUUGUGUAGAACACUAAGAUGCUGUACUGUAUCUUGGAAUUCAUUUUCAAAAAACAUGAUUGAAAAUUAAAAGAGCGUGCGCUA